AUGGAGUACAACGUGGAAGUACCGAUGCCGCAUGACGAGCACGCGGGGCUCCGCGCGGACCUCAUGCGCUCCUGCGGCCUCUCAGCGACCGUCCCGCUGUCGUCGCCGGACGCCGCGAUGCGCCUCCUGGCCGCCGCGAGGGUGGCGAGCAUCGACGCUCGGGAGGUGUACUUCUCCCCCGCGAGCGGGUGGGGCGCCAAGGUGAUCGCACCGCCCGUCGCGGGACGUAGGAGCGCCGUAGCGCUGUCCCCGAGGAACGAGACCGCCGCGUGCGCGCUCGUGCUGGAGCUCCUCACCGACGCCCAUCGGCGGGCGCCCGGGGCGGCGGCGGCGACCCUCGAGGCCGCCCGCGCGCUCUGCGACGCGGCGCUCGCGCCCCCGCCGGGUACCGCGGACGCCGACGGGGACGCGCGACCGCCCCAAGCGGCGCCCCCGGGCGACGGCGGCGUCGCCGACGCCACGGUCGCGUGGCUCCGCGCGCACGGCGGCGGCGCUCCCACCGCAUCGUCCAAGACGUCCAUCUCCGUCGCGCCCGCGCGGUUCCCCGGGACGGGACGCGGCGCCGCCGCCACGACGCACAUCCCCGCGGGAGAUAUCGCCGCCGCCAUCCCCGUCGAACGCCUGUUCACGGUCAGGCACGCCCUGGAGAUGCCCGGCCCGCGGGGCGACGCGUACCGCAUGUUCGCGGCGUUGGGCGAGGACACGAUCGCGGCGUUGUGGCUCAUCGCCGAGCGAGCGCUGGGCGAGGCGAGCCCGUGGCACGCCGUGAUCGCCUCGCUUCCGUGGCCGGAGGGCGGGGAGGGAAGCGCGUCGCCGUGCGGCGGGUGCACGCCGGUGUCGUGGCCGCGCGAGGCGUGCGACGCCCUCCUCGGGGGCACGCCGCUGCUGGCGGAUGCAAUCGCGGCGAGCGAGAAGUUGGCUCGGCAGCACGCGGCGCUGUUCCCGGCGCUCUCCGAGCACAUGGCCGACGUCUUUCCCGCGUCCGCGUACACCUUGGACAACUUCAGGCGCGCGCACGAGGCGUGGAACUCGUACGGUAUGACGGUGCAGGCGUCGCCCGGGGAACCGGCGGCGACGUGUUUGCCCCCCGUCGCGAUGCUCUGCAACCACGCGCUGUGGCCCCACGUCGUCCGGUACAGCAGGCUGAGGGACGGGACCCUGCGUCUGCCGGUGGCGAGGUCGGUGCACGCCGGUGAAGAGGUGUUCGUGUCCUACGGCGCCAAGUCCAACGCGGAGCUGUUGCUGUUUUACGGCUUCGCGCUUCCCGGUAACCCCUACGACGACGUUCCCCUGUCGUUGGAGCUCCCGGGCGGCGAGGUCGCGGACGUGACGAAGGCGAGGGAGGCGGCGCUGGCUCGCGCGGGGUUGACGCUGUCCCCGCACGCGGUUCGUGCGGGUCCGCUGCCGCUGCCCCUCGUGGGCGCGCUGCGCGUGCUCACCGCGGACGUCGCCGCGCUGCAGACGUUCACGGGAAACCCGACCACGGAUCCGAUCAGCUCGGAGGGUGAAACCGCGGCGGCGAGGGCGCUGUGCGGGGUGCUCGGCGCGAUGGUGGAGCAGCUGGAGGGCGGCGACGCGCAGUUUCACAUCGCGCUCAGGUCGGGAACGGCGGAGAGGGCGGUGGGAGCCGGCGCGAUGGAGGCGGCGAAGACGUACAGGGACGGGGUGGCGGCGACGCUGGACGCGGCGCUGGGGGAGGCGAGGCGGUGGAGAGCCGCGGUGGGGGCCGGGCCGGACCCGGCGCUGGGGAAGCGAACGCGGGACUGA